UAGAUUCACUUCAAAGCUAGCUGAAAAGUCAAUGAACGGACGAGACGAACCUUGACACAUUGAGGUUAGGGCUUUUGGUAUCAACUGUGAGCUGCGGACUGACUCACAACGUGCCGUGUUUUACCAGGCGUGCCGGGAUUUCCAGACUUGCUCGGCAGAUAAGUGAACCUCUGUAAAGAGUUGCGACACACUUCCAAUCUCUCUUGUGAACUUCCGUAACAUCAAUUUUCGCUUUUCGAAGAUCCUCCGUUCGUGUUGUGUACCAUGGCAUUCAACAUGGACGAACCCCCACCGUAUGAUGCCAUGUACCCUGAGAAACAACCCCUCCAGGACUCAUCCUUGGCCGCUAUCAACCAACAGCAGUUUCACCAGGGACCUUCACCUCAGCAGCAGUUUCAUGGUCAGGGUCCACCACCUCAGCAGCAGUUUCAUGGCCACCAGGGUCCGCCACCUCAGCAGCAGUUUCAAAACCAGGGCCCGCCACCUCAGGAGCAGUUUCAUGGCCACCAGGGUCCACCACCUCAGCAGCAGUUUCAAAACCAGGGUCCCCCACCUCAGCAGCAGCAGCCUUACCCCAUGUCUGCACAGGCCUACCCCGUUGCGAUGCCUGUGGCCAGUGUGGGCGGACAGGCCUAUCCAGGACCAGCAGCAACGACUACCGCCACGACAGUGGUGAUCACCGGGCAGCAGCACCGGCAUCAGCGUCAAAGGGGUCAGAAUCCCAACAUCCCGCUGACGUGCUGGGGAACGUUUGAAUACGUUCCCGCUCUGCCCAUGCCGCUCGCUAUUCUCGUCUUGAUCAUCAACAUUGCCACGUGUGGCAUUGGUACUAUUCUUGGUGGACUGUUUUUGGCCUGCAUCGGUAACCCGUAUCGUGUCCAUCAAACCAAGGGUGAAGUCUUUGGCUGGUGCUUUCUGCUCGGCUGUGGUCAAGUGCUCACGGCCCUGUUCUUUUUCAUGGGAUGGUUCUGGGGCAUCACGUGGGGAGUCAUAUUCAUCACCUGCUCAGGUCGUUUCUACAAGAGACCGUUUGAUGCGUCGCAGACAACACUGGUGGCUGGUGCAAUUCCAUCCGCACCAGUCCAUGUAAGAUGAUGGGAUUCAUCACCGGCUUUUGCUCUCCUAGACUGCAGCUGAUCGCCAUGACGAAAUUUCUCUCCUGGCUUUCCAAGCUUAGGAUGAUGCUAGUGACGCUGUGUUGACUUGCGCAUUCUGGUCUUAAAAUAUGCAUGGCAGAUGCUAGCAUCUUUCCUGUAACGAGGAGUCAUUUUGUGAUGUCUUUAGGCAGACAACAAUCUCUGGCAUGGACAGUUACCGGACUUCAUGAAGCAGUGCAAACAUUUUGCCAACCAUGCGCCUGGACCUCAUCAUGGCUACUCCCAGUCAGCACAUGGCUACUCCCAUGCAGUCAGCAAUUGGCUGGUUGCGAAGGCUACUGAACACUGAGCUGGGCGUUUACACCUGUGCGGCCCCGUACACAAUGCUCACUAGACCUGGCGUGGGUGUUGCACCCCGGACGGUCAUGCUCUGCAAACACACACGGUGACGCACACACAGUGUGUGCGUCACCGUGUGUGUGUGUGUGUGUGUGUGUGUGUGUGUGUGCAUGUGUGUGCAUGCCUAGUACUUUUGUAAGCCAUUUUGGUACACAAGUAACCACCUUAGACCUAUAUGUAGGUAGCCUUUCUUGGCUGGGAUGUAGCAUCUCCAAUGUAUUGUUCGCUGCUCAUUUAUAACUUGUACUUCUUUAUAUUCUACAAUACUCCUUGAUUUUUCCGAUACAUUCUAGAGCUGUUCCUGUACCAUGAGCAAUGAUUUCGACCAAUAUC